UAGGAUAAUGGGCAGAACUAAACGCGUUCGACGAAAGAGGAAGUAUCUGGAUAAUGGAUCUAGUUUGGACGAUGAUUCAAAUAUCAUUGAUUUACGCAAAUGGAUGAAGAAAAAGGGUUGGAGGAACGAAACUCGAUUAAAAUUGAAAGAGUUUAAAUAUACAGGAAGGGGAGUCCAUUCACGGGUUUCAUUCCAGCCAGAAGAUUCCCUAAUAGAAAUUCCGUACGAUCUAAUGAUAACAUCAACAGUUCUAGAUCGUUCGGAAUUGCAACAAUUUUUAACAAAUAAAUUAAAACUACAAGAAUUAUUAGCACUAUUCUUGGUUUACGAGAGACACAAAGGUGCUGCAUCCACUUGGAAAUUUUACGUAGACUCGCUUCCGAUGAAGAAUCCGGAAGUACCAUGGUUGGAAUCGGAGGAGGCUUUCGGUGAGUUGCCCGAUGACGUGAUGACAACGGCGAAGGAUAAAAAAUGGGCUUUGGAAAGGAGUUGGGAGAGUGUCCGGAGAUCGAUAAAGUUUCAGCAGUGUCCUCACUGCAAGGAAAUGUUGGAUUGCGUGUUCGACGCUGAUUCAUUUGCAUGGGGCUACGUUAUGGUCAAUACUAGGGCCGUCUACGUAGACCCCGACAUAGUUUCAAGUCUGGCUGAUAUUAAUUCGCUGGUAUCAGAUGACCCGAACAUGGCGCUGUGCCCUUUCCUGGACAUGUUUAAUCACUCACCUGAGGCCCAUACCAGAGCGGAGCUUCGCUUCAGCGACGGCAAUCUUAUCUAUAGAUUAACAACUCUUCGGGGCUUCCAGAAAUAUCAGCAGAUAUUUAUUUCGUACGGCGCUCACGACAAUAACAAACUGUUUUGCGAGUACGGAUUUUUCCUACCAGAUAAUCGAUUUGAUAAAAUUGCAAUUACGUUCGGAUGUGUAAUGGAUCAGAUAAAAAUGCGCACGAUGCAAAUCAAUGAGAGGCAGUUCAGGUAUAUCAAGGAUAAGGCUUUGUGCGAUGAUCUGAGCGUUUCGUUAUGCGGUCUCUCCUUCAAUUUAUCCGCUUUGCUUUACGUUGUCUUCCACACCGAUGUCAGAGACUGGAGUUCGAACAUAUUUACUGCCACUUACUCGGAAUCGGAUGUGAAUAAUUUUGUGAAAUUUGUUUUGGAGCUAUUGGAAAUGAAAUGUAAACGGACAAAGACUUUUGGAGUGUUCGGGGAUUUUUUGACUAAUAGAUGGAAUUUCGUAGUGAGAGUUCUGGACUUUUUAAAGCAAUCGUCAGUUUAAUAAAUAUUUUAUUGCCCAAUG